AUGUUACGCUCAUUUAGGCCGAAUUUAUUGAAAUUAAAACAUAGUUGUAAAAUCAAACAUGGCGCCCGUUGCGUAUCAAAGAGUUCGAAAGAUGAAAAUUUGUUUCCCGAACGAGUUGAUUUUCCGAGUCGUCACAUCGGACCAAGAGACCAGGACAUAGUUACCAUGCUAGAUCUCUUAGGAUAUAAGAGUUUGGAUGAAUUAACAAAUAAAGCUGUACCCAAACAGAUUCAACUCAACGGUCUCAUGGAAAUAGACGAGCCGAUGAGCGAAUACGAUUUAAUUGAGAGAGUCAGAAAAAUCUCGGAACAGAAUCAAAUAUGGCGAUCUUUCAUCGGGAUGGGAUACCACAAUUGCUGUGUGCCGCACACUAUCAUGAGAAAUAUGUUUGAAAAUCCAGGAUGGACAACACAAUAUACACCCUACCAACCUGAAGUAUCGCAAGGAAGAUUGGAAGGCCUUCUAAAUUAUCAGACAAUGGUCUGUGAUAUGACAGGUUUGGAUGUAGCGAAUGCAUCUUUGCUUGACGAAGGUACAGCAGCUGCAGAGGCCCUAUCUUUGUGUCACAGACAUAAUAAACGAACAAAAUUCGUGGUAUCAGAACGCCUUCAUCCACAAACCCUAGCCGUGGUUACAACACGACUGGAUGCUCUAGGCUUAGAAGUAAAAGUAUUACCGGAUGUCCGAGAGGCCGAUUUUGCCCAACGCGAUAUAUCCGCGGUAUUACUUCAAUGCCCCGAUACGAGAGGACUUGUCUAUGAUUACUCCGGAUUGGCUGCUACUGCGCAAGAGCAUGGUUCACUAGUUGUGGUAGCGACAGAUCUUCUGGCCUCAGCGUUGUUACGGCCACCAGCAGAAUGUGGUGCAGCUUUAGCUGUAGGAACCUCACAAAGGUUUGGCGUACCUUUGGGCUAUGGAGGACCUCACGCUGGAUUUUUUGCGGCCAAACAUGCGUUGGUUAGAUUAAUGCCUGGUCGUAUGGUAGGUGUAACACGGGAUGCUUCUGGAAGAGAUGCGUAUAGAUUAGCUCUUCAAACAAGAGAGCAACAUAUACGUAGGGACAAAGCCACAUCGAACAUUUGUACUGCGCAAGCGCUUCUUGCAAAUAUGUCUGCGAUGUACGCGGUGUACCACGGACCACAAGGUCUUAAAGAUAUCGCUACCAGAGUGCAUAAUGCCACCUUGGUGUUGGACCAUGGAAUUAAACAACGUGGACACACACAAACAAACGAUGUUUAUUUCGAUACCCUACAUAUAAUCCCAAAUGAAGAACAUAAUGUAGACGCAAUAAAAUCAAGGGCUCAAGAGAAAAAAGUAAAUCUACGAUACUUCGAUGAUGGAGCGAUCGGUGUUGCGUUGGAUGAAACGACGACUAUGCAAGAUGUUGAUGAUUUAUUAUGGAUAUUUGAUUGUAAAAACGUUGGGGAGGUGACCGGAACUGGCGACGCAAGGUCGCGUAGCAUACAAAACGGACCUUUCAGAAGAACAUCACCGUUUUUGACACAUCCGGUGUUUAAUGCACAUCAUUCUGAAACACGAUUAGUCAGAUAUAUGAAACGACUUGAGAAUAAAGAUAUUUCAUUGGUCCAUUCGAUGAUACCUUUGGGUUCAUGUACCAUGAAACUAAACUCCACAACGGAAAUGAUGCCAUGUUCUUUCAAACAUUUCACCGAUAUACAUCCUUUUGCCCCUCUAGACCAAUGUAAAGGGUAUCAUGUGUUAUUUGAAGAGCUUGCCAAAGAUCUUUGCGCUAUUACCGGAUACGACCGUGUUUCCUUUCAACCUAAUAGUGGUGCCCAAGGCGAAUACGCCGGUCUGCGAACAAUUAAACGUUACCACGAAUUCCGUGGGGACACGGGACGAAACAUAUGCUUGAUACCAGUCAGUGCGCAUGGAACGAAUCCUGCAUCAGCUCACAUGGCUGGUAUGAGAGUUUGCGCUAUACGAGUGACGCCCACUGGUGAUGUUGAUAUGGAACAUCUUAAGGAUAAGGUCGAGGAACAUAGCGCAAACAUAUCGUGUCUGAUGCUUACCUAUCCCAGUACUUUUGGUGUGUUCGAGGAGCGAGCGGCUGAUGUUUGCGCAUUGGUACACAAACAUGGCGGUCAAGUUUAUUUAGAUGGAGCCAAUAUGAAUGCACAGGUUGGUCUAUGCCGACCAGGUGAUUAUGGCAGUGACGUAUCUCAUCUCAACUUACACAAAACCUUUUGCAUCCCACACGGCGGAGGUGGUCCAGGUAUGGGGCCUAUUGGAGUAAAGGCCCACUUAGCCCCAUUCCUUCCAUCACAUCCGGUGGUAGACCCACUAGCAGACCUUGGUGACGCAGCCCAUAGCUUUGGUUCCGUCAGCGCCGCGCCUUACGGCUCUUCAGCCAUUUUGCCUAUUUCUUGGGCCUAUAUUAAAAUGAUGGGCCCAAAAGGUCUCAAACGCGCUACCCAAGUGGCUAUUCUAAAUGCUAAUUACAUGUCACGAAGAUUGGAGAAUUAUUACAAGACACUGUACAAGGGAGAACGCGGACUUGUUGCUCACGAAUUUAUCAUUGAUGUUCGAGAUUUAAAGAAAACGGCCAAUAUUGAACCGGGAGAUAUUGCAAAACGACUUAUGGACUUUGGAUUUCACGCACCGACAAUGUCUUGGCCGGUUGCCGGCACGUUGAUGAUAGAGCCCACAGAAUCCGAAGAUUUGCAAGAGCUGGAGAGAUUUUGUGAAGCUCUUAUCACGAUUAGGAAAGAGAUUAAGGAUAUAGAAGACGGUGUUAUGGACAAACGGUUGAAUCCAUUAAAAAUGGCGCCACAUACACAAACUGAUGUUAUAACAGAAGACUGGAAUCGACCCUAUAGCCGAGAACAGGCUGCUUUCCCAGCGGCAUUUGUUAAAGGUGAAACGAAGAUUUGGCCCACAGUAGGAAGAAUUGACGACAUGUACGGUGACAAACAUUUAGUAUGCACCUGCCCGCCCGUUAUUGAUGACUUUUGA